CUGCACGGAUUCUACGAGCCAGUGUUGUUAUAGCAUACGUAGGGCACUUAUGUAGAGGUCAUUGAGCAGUUUGGAUUACAGCCGUCAUUGCAAGUUGAAGCCUAUCCACUCCAAAUCCAGUCGGAAAAGAAAGGAGGCGUCGAAGUGUGGAAAGCUCUCACCGUUACAAUUCCCAGCAUAGCCAUGCAAUCUCUACCGGUUCCGGUUUAACGUGUGUUUUUGUUUGGUCUCCGUUACUUUUUUCUUCACUGGUUUUAACGUUUGCAACGAAUUUGGGGUGAAGCGAUUUUGUAUAAAGGAUUUUCUCUCAAAGUGGGCAACAAUACCAAUCAGUUAUCUGGGUGUUGUUGGAAGCAUGGAAAAAGCAACGGGACAGUCUGGGAUUUUAACUGUGUAGUAUACACUUGUGUCUCCCUGAUCCUGAGAAGUCAGAAGCCGUAUGUAACCUCAAGAAAAGAAAAUACAGGAUUGUGUGAAGGCUUGACAAUGGGCUGCGUCAAGAGUAAAGAGGACAAAGGACCGACGCAAAAGUACCGACCGGAGGGCACUAACCCCAACCCUGUUUCCUCCCACAUGGGCCACUAUGGGCCUGACCCCACUCAGAUCGGCCAAUCCCCUGCCCUCAAGGGCCCCAACAAUAGCUACAACAGCCAUGCCUCCACUAUUACCCCAUUCGGUGGGUCAACAUCAGUCACCCCAUUUGGUGGCGCUGCUUCUUCAUUCUCCACAGUUGCUGUGAGCAAUGCCUUCCCUGGUGGAGUCACAGGAGGUGUGACGUUUUUUGUGGCCUUAUAUGACUAUGAAGCCAGGACAUCAGACGACCUCUCAUUUAAAAAAGGCGAUCGAUUUCAGAUCAUCAAUAACACUGAGGGAGACUGGUGGGAGGCCCGCUCCAUCAACACCGGCAAGAAGGGCUACAUUCCCAGCAAUUAUGUGGCCCCUGCAGACUCCAUUCAGGCUGAAGAGUGGUACUUUGGGAAAAUGGGACGCAAAGAUGCUGAGCGACUGCUACUUGUUCCCGGAAACCAGCGAGGAACGUUCUUGGUCAGAGAGAGUGAAACGACAAAAGGAGCUUACUCUCUCUCCAUACGGGAUUGGGAUGAUAUGAAGGGAGAUAAUGUGAAGCACUACAAAAUCCGCAAGCUUGAUAACGGUGGUUACUACAUCACCACAAGAGCUCAGUUUGAGACGCUACAGAAACUUGUCAAACACUACACAGAGCAUGCAGACGGGCUGUGUUACAGGCUUACCACAGUGUGUCCGACUGUGAAGCCCCAGACACAGGGCCUGGCUAAAGACGCCUGGGAGAUCCCACGUGAAUCACUGAGGCUGGAGGUUAAACUGGGCCAGGGCUGCUUUGGAGAGGUCUGGAUGGGCACUUGGAAUGGUACUACGAAAGUGGCGAUAAAGACACUGAAGCCUGGUACUAUGUCUCCAGAGGCUUUCCUUCAGGAAGCUCAGAUCAUGAAGAAGCUCCGGCACGACAAGCUGGUGCCUCUGUACGCUGUUGUGUCUGAGGAACCCAUUUACAUUGUCACUGAGUACAUGGGCAAAGGGAGUUUGUUGGACUUUCUGAAAGAGGGCGAAGGCAAAUAUCUGAAGCUUCCUCAGCUGGUUGACAUGGCAGCACAGAUUGCCGAUGGCAUGGCCUUCAUUGAAAGAAUGAACUACAUCCACAGAGACCUGCGUGCAGCCAACAUCCUGGUGGGGGAGAAUCUGGUUUGCAAAAUUGCCGACUUUGGCCUGGCAAGGCUGAUUGAAGACAACGAAUAUACAGCAAGACAGGGAGCCAAGUUCCCUAUUAAGUGGACGGCACCUGAGGCAGCGCUCUAUGGACGCUUUACCAUUAAAUCUGAUGUCUGGUCCUUUGGCAUUCUGCUGACCGAGCUUGUCACUAAAGGCAGAGUACCGUAUCCAGGCAUGGUAAACAGGGAGGUGCUGGAGCAGGUGGAAAGAGGUUACAGGAUGCCAUGUCCUCAGGGCUGCCCUGAGUCACUGCAUGAGAUGAUGCACCUGUGCUGGAAAAAAGACCCUGACGAGAGACCCACCUUUGAGUACAUUCAAGCCUUUUUGGAGGACUACUUCACUGCCACCGAGCCACAGUACCAGCCUGGAGACAACCUGUAGAGCCAUCAACCUGGUCCCAGACCAGUGUGCUGUUUCUGUCUACACCCUCCCUGCACACUUUCACUUCAUGGGAUUUCUAUAGUUUUUCGUUGUUCUAUAGUUUUUUUUUUUUGUUUUUUUUUUGUGUCAUGUGUGCCCUGGUAAUCAGAGGAAGGCACCAUGUAACAUUUUCAAUAACCCUGUUUAGGGUACGUGUGGGAAAAGAGUCGGUAAGGAAGCCUGCUUGCUUUGACUCUCAUUGUUAGGAGGUGUAUAUGUCUUAGGCUGUGUUUACAAGGACAUUUUUGGCAUCUGUCAGAUUAAAGUUCAAGACUGGGGAGAGGAAGGGAGAGGGCGAAUCCUAAACCAUACACUUUGUACCUAAAGUCAUUUAAAAUAGUACAUAUGCUAAUGGUAGUGUAUGAAUAUGCUAUAUAUUUAUGUGGGUUAACUUGCUGCCUGUUAAAGGUAAAACUGUUGCCACAACAUGCAGACCUGUUAAUGAAAUACCGCAUGUGGCAGACUAAAAUUAAUUAACAGUACAGAGUUGAUAAUUGGGGUGCUCAGCCGAUCGGGCAUCAGCCUAGACAAUGGCAGGUGCACUUGUCAGUGCACGCUUAGUGCCUGUCCCAAGCCAGGAAAAAUAGGGUUGUGUCAGGGACGUGGACCAGAAUGAUCCACUGUGGUGACCCCUAAAAAUAUGGGAGCAGCUGAAAGGAAAAGAAAAACAAACAGUUGAAAUGUGUAACUUAUGUAAAUUUCAUUAUUGUUUAAAUAAUUAAAAUUCAAAUAAGUUUUAGACAUUCCUGUGUGAGCGGGGGCAUAUUUUUAGUCCUGAAUUGCUUUGUAUAAGGACUGACGUCUUUUCUAAUUUUCCUUACAAUUAGCAUGAAUGACUGUAGCUCCAUGUCUGUCAUUGUUUUAUGCAUAUCAAGGUAUGCAUUAAAAGUUUCUUUUUUUAUACUUAUUUUAGCAAAGAAUUGGGCAGAAUUUGUAUCCAUCAUGCAUUGGCAUGUGCGUUUUUGCAGAUGUCAAAAUUGUCAUUGUGAACACAUUAAGAAAGCAGCAAGCAAGAGCUUAUAGCUGUUUUAUAGUUGCACAAAUGUCUUUUUUUAUUCACCCCCAUUGUUUCUUUUUAACCUAAAUACUAAUUUUUGACUGUUUUAAAAGAAACAAUUGAUUUCUUUGUUUUGAUGUUGUGAUUAAUUUUAUUUCACAUGUGAGUUCCUCUUGUCAUUGAUUUUAUUAUACAAGUCAAUUAUUUUUCUGUAGUUUAAGUAAUUUUUCUUUUAAAAAGUGACCAAUAACUGUGGUUGAAAAGACAAUAUUGCUAGAGACUGUCAGCAGUGCUGUCACUGAGCGAAUGAAAGAAAGAGGUAUUUGUUGUUGUAAAUGUUGAAUGUGAGCCAUGAGAGUCUGUGUUGGGGGAAAAAGUUUGAUUAUGUAAGUUAAAAUGGUGGGAAAAGAUGAGUGGAUGUGGCUUGUCAGUAAUUGAGAAUAUUAAUGUACUUACUGAUUUUUUUUUAAAUAAUGACUUGAUUUGUUAUGGAAGGUGAUUCAUAUUCGUGAUCUUUUUUUAAUGCCAGCGAAAAUGUAUUAAUAUUGCUCUAAGACUCUGUUUACACCUGGUAAUUGACUUUAUAUUGUAUUUUAAUGAAAUUUGAAUCACUUGCAUUUUUAUUGAAUCAGUCAAUUCAGUCUCUGGUCAGUCAGAUUGAAAUUCGAUGAAAUGAAAUAAUCUGCAAAUCAACUAUUUCACAUUCGUUCUGCAUUGUUAUUUUCUGUGGUUUUGCAAGAUAUAUGCUCUCUCACAAAUCAGCAAAUGGUUAUACUGUAGUGUUUUGGUAAGCGUUUGGUAAGGCAGAUGUGCCAUGGAGAACUGGAUGCAUUUAAACAUGUUAUUUACAUAUGGUUUUAACACAUCUUAAAUCUGUUUUUGAGGUUAUUUAAAUAGUCAGAUGUAUUUUUAAUAAUUCUCUUUUUAAUGCAUCUAAAGAAAAUACACAGAAUUCACACUUGGCUAAAAUGGGUCUCAAGCCACCAUCCCAAAUGGUAUAAUAGAUCUGAUUUAAAGCUGGGUGCAUUUCCAGAUAUCAUCCUGCCACUUUAGAUGCAUGAAACAAGUGUAAACAGGGACUAAGAUUCCACAAAGCCAACUUGCUGUUCUGCAGAAGUAAUUUAUACUUGUCUAAGUGUUUAAUGGACAUUCCAUGAAUCAAACUAUUUUAACCUAUCAAAAAUAUUUUAAAACAAAUAAGUUUAGCCAACUGUUAGAUUUAGACAUUGCCACAGGUAAGUUUAAAACUAACUUUUUUGUAAUAAACAGUUUUAAGUCCUGCACAAACUGAGCCACUGAGAUUAGCUGGUGUUAAUUCUUAUCAGGUGUGUAUAUGUAUUCUAUAACAUGCAGUUUUUUGCAAUUUAAAUGCUUAAACAGAAACCCUGUCUGAAUUGAGGUCACUUUGCUAACAGUAGAAGUGCGGUAUUAUUAAGGGCCCAAAAAAGACAAAAACACAGAUUUCUCUGAAGACCAGCAUCCACUGCAAGAAUAACAGAUUUAAAAAUUCCUAACCAAAUGUCCACUGUCUAUUCAUCUAAAAUAGGUUUGGCUUAAAUUUGUGUCAAUGUUGGUGUUCCCUGCAGUUGGAUGAAUUUAUAGUUAUUUGUAUUUUUAUGAAGGUAAACUGUUUUUAACAGAGCAGUAACACACCCCGGGCAGGACGCCAAUCCAUUGCGGAGAUCCCGCCCAGCCCCCUAGAAAUAACAAAUCAUGUCUUUAAAAAAAAACAUACAAAAUCUAAUCACUUUGAUGUGUAUUUACCAAGAAGAAUGAGGACUCUGCUUUCAAGAACAAAUGUUGCUGCAUAAACUCGAAAAUGUUAUCAGGAGAAAGGCAUGUGUAGUGUAGUGUACAAUCCAGUCUCAUUUAAACCUGAUUUAUUUGUGUUUUUGUUACAGUACAAUGUAAAUAAUACAAUUUUUAUUCAUAUGUACGGUCAUUAGCUUGGUAUUUAUCCAAACCCUUCAAAUUUGUAAACAUUUGUCAAUACUGGAAAAUGUAAAUGAAGCUACUGUUUUGUGCAGAUCCUUAAAAUGUAACAUUAAGGAAAAAAGACAAUGCUUAAAGUCCACUGCACACCAUUGCGGUACAUAAGCUGAAUCAACACGCUGAGCUGGUGGCCUGUUAAAAGUACCAAAUGUAAAUGUGUGAAAUGCAAAGUAUACAUGAUAUGUGAUGAUACACCUCAAAUGCUGAUAUUACCACAGUAGCUUGUAGAGAUGAAAGUGGAAUAAACCCUACACCCUAAAGUAAAAUAAUUUUAGUAAUUAAGUUUAGUAAAAUAGUUUUCAGUAAUACAAUUUGUAAAAUAUUUUUUCUCUCAAUUUGUUCAAAUGGUUUAUAGCCUAAUUAAUGGUUUUCUGUAAGCCCUGUUACACUUGCAGCACACUAUAAUAGCAUAAAAUAUAAUAGUAUAAUGAACUUGAAAAUCAAUCUUCCAGUAGCAACAUGGAAUUGGGAUUAGAUUGCUACUAUGGUACAUGUGCUACCUAUUUGUAAACAUUUAUGAAAAAAAGUUAGUUUUAGUAAACCUUUGCCACAUCAAGUGUAAAGAACUUGUCAUAUUUGUUUAUUUAAAAUGUUGGCUUUUCUGUUCAGGCUUUUUGAAUAUUUAAAUAAAAUUACAAGAACAGGUAAUAUAUGUUGCUGAGCCAAAACACUAGGAACAUCUGCCUCAUACGCUGUCAAAAACUGCUCACUGAGUCAUGGGUUACACAAGACAUCAGUAGUAUCCUGUGAUAUUGGGUACUAGGACAUUAAUAGCUUCUGUACAUUAUGAGUGCACACUGGUGCCAUCUAUUUCAUGGGUGUGGCCAUCUACAUGAUCUUGCAGGAAUCAGGAUUCACAGGUACAUACACAGAAAGGUUAGAUUCUGUGUUGUGACAUUCACACAUCAAUAUUAAAGUUAUCUGCAGUUUGAGCCACACUAGCCUUUCUGUUGGUUUAUACAUCUCAGCUUUCUAAGUAGUUCUUGACCGGCCUCAGACUACUGUCAGUGAGUGUUCACUACGACUGGCUUUGAGCAUCCAUUGCUGUUUCUGGGGUCCUUCAACCCACAAAUCUGGACAUGACGAUUAUGAACGUCUCAAGUCAAGCUGCCCAUGUCUGCUGCAUUUAACACAUGUAGUUAUCACAAUUAGACAUUGCCAUGCACGUUUUGGCGGUGGUUCUAAUGUUUUAACUCAUGAAAACAUUAGAAGAUCACUGGGAGCGCCCCCAGUGGUCUUUAUAGGUAGUGCAGGGCAGCUAAAACGUUAAUUGCAGCAACUCCUUAAUGUAUUGGUUUUUUUCUUAUCUGUUACUUUAAUAUGUGUGUGACAGUUCACUUGUGGCUAGAAAGUCACAAAAAUAGAUCUGCACACUUAUUCUACAUAAUCUAAGACAAAGUUUAUCCUGAUAUUUCAGACAAUGCUGUGAGAUUUUUAACAACAUAACUUGUGAAAUAGGAUUUUUAGUGUUGGUGGCAUUUAAAUUAAAAUGCUUAUAGUUUACAGCAAUUAAUCAGCCGUUUUAUUACAUGAGGCAGAACUGUUUUAAAUGUUAAAUAAAUCUCUAAUGAUUUUUCUCACAUUAAAUAGAAGCCCAUUUGAUAAUGAAAUAAUGAAGGUCUUGAGGUGCUGUAGGUUGAUAAUUAUUGGUUUGAAGUCUUCAGUCUUUGACUUAACACAGGUAUUAAAUUGAUACACAUGUAUGGUAGACAAUAGAGUGAAUGGAAUAGACCAAAAUUCAGUAUUAUUCUGCCUGCUUUAUAAUUAUCCAUCUACUGUCUCCUUGUCAUAAUUUCUGGUACCCAGAGUUGCUGUGGCAUUAUUUGAGCAUUGUUACAUUUAUACUAGUGGCAUAAGCACUGUGAAACACUGACAAAUAAAAUAAAUUGCCUCUAUCCUGAAAGCAAAGUUUUCAAAUACAUUAUAAUGGUUAUAUAAACUUUCUGGUACUUUGUUUGAUUUCCUUUUAAUACUGUAAAAAAAAAUUAAAAAAUUGUUUUAAAAAGAAUGGACAUAAAACAGAAAUUAAACUUUAAUUUUUAACUUUAAUUACAGUUAACAUUUCUUACCUCAAUAAGUGUUUUACAGAGCAAUGCAGGUGGUGUUUGUUUUUCUUUAUACCAGCAGGUUCUUGACAUAAGUUUGAAUGCACCUGAUGAAAGUGAAAUGCUAGCUUUGUGUAAAUGUAAAAAAUUUACAUUUUGUUUACAUUUUACAUCUAAUGUGGCAAGGUCUCUCCAAUGUCCUUAUGUGCUGUCAUGCCUUUGUCCUGAGGUCAGGGGUGUACUUUCUUUAUAAGAACAAGCACCACUACCCUCCCCCCUUUUCCCAGAGCUUGUGUGGGUUUCAAAGGGCUAUGGACAUGUUUGCUGAAUCUAUAUUGUUUUAAUGGGAAGAAGAAAACAGGGCAGAGAUUUUUGGCUGCAAGGGUGUAAGCUGAGUGUGGAGUAUGUGAGUACUGUCAAGUUGGCAACUAAUUACUAACCUGAGAAAUUGUACAGUCAAAAAUAAAGUUGUACCUAAUGAUUUUAAA